AUGGAAUUCAGUAUAACGCCCCGGAUCCUCUCCAAAUACUUCGGCUGCACCAUCGAGAGCAUCCUGACCGGUUGCAUCAUGGCCUGGUAUGGGAAUUGCUCUGUCCACAACCACAAGGCCCUCCGGGAUAUCUACUCGAAAGGGUACCUGAAGAAGUCACCCAGCAUCAUCAAGGACCCCACACACCCCAGCCACAAACUGUUCUUUCCCUUACCGUCGGGCAGACAGUAUUGGAGCAUGAGGUCUGAUACCAGCAGGCUUAGAGAUCAGGCUUUCUAUCUACAAGCCAUGAGGCUGCUGAACACUUUGGCCCAUGUUCAGGACCCUGCAGAGAAGCUGUGCAUCCAGUGCUACAAAUGUGGGGAGCCAUGCAAGGGAGAGGUGCUGCGGGUCCAGUCUAAGCACUUCCACAUCAAGUGCUUUACCUGCAAGGUGUGUGGGUGCGACUUGGCUCAGGGAGGUUUCUUCAUGAAGAACGGGGACUACCUGUGCACGUUGGACUACCAGCGACUCCAUGGCACAUGCUGCAAUGGCUGUGGGAGCUUUGUAGAGGGAGAGGUGGUCACUGCUCUCGGCAAGACGUACCAUCCAGCCUGUUUCGUCUGCACAAUCUGCAAACGACCAUUUCCUACUGGAGAUCGUGUCACCUUUAAUGGGAAAGACUGUCUCUGUCAACACUGCAUCCACCCUAUGUCCCCUACCCCCAAAGACAUCAGCAGCUCCAGCAACUGUGCAGGCUGUGGUAGGGACAUUAAGAAUGGCCAGGCCCUAUUGGCUCUGGAAAGACAGUGGCACCUUGGCUGCUUCAAGUGCAAGGCCUGUGGCAAAGUGCUGAGCGGGGAGUACAUCAGCAAGGAUGGCACCCCCUAUUGCGAGAAAGACUACCAGAUCCACUUUGGGGUCCAGUGUGAGGCCUGCAAUCAGUUCAUCACAGGGAAGGUUCUGGAGGCAGGUGACAAGCACUACCAUCCCAGUUGUGCAAGGUGCAGCAGAUGCAACCACAUGUUCACAGAAGGAGAGGAAAUGUACCUGCAAGGAUCUACAGUAUGGCAUCCAGACUGUAAGAACAAUAGCAGAGCUGAAGAGAAAUACAGGCCUACCAGGUCCUCGUCUGAGAGUAUCUGCUCAAGACCUGGCUCCAGCAUCUCAGGGUCCCCUGGUCACACGAUCUAUGUGAGUACCUACAGCAACUCUGCACACUACUAACUGGAGAUGCGACUGAAGGUUACACACUGGGGACUCCAAUGAAACAACAGUGUUCUUCUUAUACUUUCUUUAUUAUUGAUUGAUAUCACUCCAAGGUGUUCCCUAUUUAUUGCGCUGUAUCAUCUGUGUUUGU